CGCUAGUGUUUUUAAUAAAAACAUUAACAGUUUUGAUCUUAACAGUUAUUAUAAAUAAAUGGGAUUCUUUUUUUAAUUUUAUAUGGGGAAAUAAUUUGUUCACAUGGCUACCCUGAGACAAAAAGAAUCAAAAAUACCUCUGAGAGUAGAUUCAAAACUGAAAAAUAUCUCAAAAAUACCAUUAAGAGUGGAAACUAAGCCUAAAAUUUUAACUAAUACUGAACCUGAAUUGAAAAGGACUUCUACUGUAGCUAAGAAAAAGACUGUUAUAAAUCCUACAAACAGAAAUAAAACAUCCACAGCAGAAAUUCCUAAAAAGGAACUGAAACGAGUGAAUUUACAAAUAAAAAAUAAAGCAAAGGAAAAUAAAUUCCAACCACCUGAAAAGAUUUCUCUGAAGAAUGAGCCUAGCAACAGAGCUUCUAAAACUAUUACAGAUGAAAAACAGAUUAAGAAUUCAAAUCGCUUUUCAAAUGUUCUGAAAAACAGAAAUAAAAUAACUACUAAGAAACUUCCUGAAAGACCCAAACCUAUCAAAGGUAAAGAAGAUGAAAAUCCAUUUGAGAAGAAGAUUCCUGAAAUAAAUAUCGAAUCUGAUGAUCCUUUUAAGAUUAGUGAGGAAGAGAAACAAAAUAAAAAUUCUAAUCACCCAUCUCAGACGAAUAUUGAGUUUGUGGCUGAUGAGCGUAUGAAGAAUUUUAUUUUGAGUAACAGGGAAUUGACACCUAGUAUGCUGAAAUCAAGUUCAAAAAUUAAAACAUCUAUGAUGGAUAGACCAUCAUUGUAUAACAGAUUCAAACUCUCAGUUGAUCCAUACAAACAAGCACUUGCAGACAUAGAAAAUUAUGACCUUGCAUCAGAAAGACAAAGGGCUUCUGAAAUGCAUAAGAAUAAACUGUAUGGAACUCCUGUACAGAUGGAAAGAUCAUCAUUGUAUAAAGGAUUCAAACACCCUAUUAAUCCAUAUAAACAAGCUCUUGCAGAGAUUAAAAAUAGUGAUCUUGCAUCAGAAAGACAAAGAGUUUCUGAAAUGCAUAAGAAUAGAGUACAUGUAUCUCCUUUACAGAAUCGCAAUUCUCUAUACAAACCUUUAAAAUGUGUUGGUGAUCCAUACCAAGAUGCACUGAAGAGUCUAGCAAAAUUGCGAGUACAUCGAAAUAUUAAGAGUUGCAAGAAAAAGGUUACUUUUAAUAUUUCUGGUGAAGAUAAAUCUUCUGAGACUCAAACCAAAGAUGAAAAUGUUGAAGAAAAACCAAUUGAGGCAAUUCAGCCUGAAAUGACAAGAAUAAGUGAAAGUUCAGAGAGCAGCACCCUUCCAACACCUGAAUGCGAAGAAAAUAUAUUAGUGUCUCCAUGUAGCAGUCCCUUAAAAAAAGUUAUACUUGACUCACCUUCAAAAACAGAUGAAGUUUUGGAAAACAGACAAAUCAGUGACUUGUGUUUACCUGAAAAAAAUAAAGAACAGAAAGAAACUGACUGUUUUAAUAAUAAGAUGUUAAAGAUAAGCACUUUAACAUCUUCCUUAAAGACAGAUGCAAAUAAUGAAAAAGUUGUUCGUGAUUUGUCUCCUACAUUAGAUCUAAAGCAAAAGAGUGAUAAAAAAGCAGCUACUUUUAAUCAUGAGUUCAAGAACUCAAUCCUUAAAUCUAUGAAUCCUUUCCUAAACUUACUCAGAACAUCUGAAGUCAGACAGAGCUUAUUUUCACAUCAACCCGAAUGCUUCUUUGAGAAAAUGAAUCCAAAAAUUUUUACUCCUCAACCAGUUUCGUUAUAUCCACGGCUUAGACUAUCUGAAAGUAUCAGUCCAGAAUUUCUAAGUAGGCGGACCACAGAUAUAUUAUCCUGUGCACCGAUUAACACUCCUUUAGUUUUGAAAAGUUUGGGCAAGUAUGAACUGAGUCCUGUGUGUAAAAAACUAGAAUUCAAAGAUAGUCCAAAAGAAACUAAUAAAGAAGAAAAUGAUUCAAGAGAAAACAGCCAAACAUUUUAUCUUCAAAAUAUAUUGACACAGCAGAAAAUUCUAGACCAGUUAGCACAUCAAGAAUGUAGUAUCUUAAUGCAUGAAGCUACAUUUCCCUGUGAAAUUAGAAACUAUUUGCAGAAUCCGGUUGCUCAGAUUUUAAAUGAUGGAGAUGAAACGCAUUUUGUUCCUGUUUCUUUGCGGAGACUAAGCUAAAGCUACGAGUGUAAAAAGAAAGAAUUUUAUAAUUGUACAUUAUGAAUUUUAAUUUGUAUUUAAAUUAUCAUAUAUAUUAAAUUUCUAUAUUGUGUGCUUUGAUAUAGAUAUUUCAGUAAGAGCUUCAUGUAAUUAUUUUUCCAUUUAAUGAAGUAGAGAAUAUUGGAAUAAAAAUAUUUUUAUUUAUU